AUGUACCUCCGCGCUAUCCACGCCGAACCCUCCAUCCCGGCCCUCAAAGCUUUCCUUGCCGCCAACCCUCUUGGCCUCCUCACCACGGCUCUCCCCUCUUCCGACCCUUCAAUCCACUACCUCCAAACCACUCACAUUCCCUGGGUGCUCGACGACGCUUCUCCCUCAGAUGAUACCCUACCCACUCUGCGCGGGCACAUAGCACGCCAAAACCCCCACGCCAAAGUCUUGAUCGAACAUGCCACUGCUUCUACAUCCCCCGGAAAGCCCUUUACACUCCAACAAGAAGUAACGGUCCUAUUCAACAUACCAUACCACUCCUACGUAACGCCCAAAUUCUACACAAAAACAAAGCCAGAGAGUGGAAAAGUAGUGCCGACAUGGAACUACGCAGCAGCACAAGCCUACGGCACAGCAACCGUCUACAUAGACUCAAAAGCAGACUCCACAAUCAGCUUCCUGAACAAGCAAAUCAGAGACCUAAGCAAAAAGNCUGAAGAGGAGAUUAUGCAACACGAAAAGCCUUGGGAAGUGGAUGAUGCGCCUGAAAAGUAUAUUGAGCUGUUGAGGAAGAAUAUUAUUGGCAUUGAGAUCAAGGUUACGAGUUUGGGUGGCAAGUACAAGAUGAGUCAGGAGAUGGGUGUCGAGGAUAGGGAGGGUGUUGCGCAAGGGUUUGAGGGUAUGAAGACGGAGGCUGGAGAUUGGAUUGCGAAGACGGUAAGAGAGCGUGGGCAGUCAAAGUAG